GGUAACUUUUUCUCCUUUGUUUUUGAACAAUAUUUUGAAUCAUGGCGACACCAGAAAAGAGGCUUUCAACAGGCUUAAAUGCAAGAAGCAUAGGGUCAGGCAAGGAAACCAUAGUUUUGUGUCAUGGGUUUGGAACGGACCAAUCGAUAUGGCACAAAAUCAUUCCCCUUUUGGCAGAAAGUUACACUCUGGUUGUCUUUGAUUGGCCUUUUUCUGGGGCUGUGACUGAUAAGAGCCUUUAUGAGCAUGCCAAGUAUACAUCCUUUGAACCUUAUGCUGAUGAUUUGAUCACUGUGAUAGAUGAGAUGGACCUCAACUGUGUCACUUUUGUUGGACAUUCCAUGUCUGCUAUGAUUGGUUGUAUUGCCUCCAUUAAAAGACCUCACCUCUUCAAUAAUCUCAUUCUUGUUACUGCUUCUCCAAGGUAUAUAAACACAGAUGAUUACUUUGGUGGUUUUGAGAGGUCAAGCAUUGAUGAAAUGGUCUCAACCGUAGAGCUGCAAUAUGAAAGUUGGUGUUCAGCCUAUGCUCCCAUUGCAGUGGAUAAAAAUGAUGGUGCCUCUGUUGAAAAAUUCCUUAGCUGCUUGAAAAGCAUGGAUAGUGAAGUUGCAGUCUCUUUAGCCAAAACUGUGUUUUACAGUGACUACAGAGACAUGCUUGAGAAGGUUGAAACACCAUGCACCAUCAUCCAAUCAAGCAAUGACAUGGCAGUUCCAGUUGGCAUAGGGCAGUACUUGGAGAAGAAGAUCAAAGGGGUGGCCACUUUGCAGAUCAUAGACAUGAUUGGCCAUUUCCCUCAGCUCACUGCACACCUUAAGCUAGUUGAGCUGGUGAAGGCUGUUGUGGGAAUUUAGAUCGCUUUGGUAUGUAAUAUUCAUCUUUAUUGUGUCAAA